CUCUGAUGCUGAUUGGCUGCUGUGUUCAUCCAGCUCUGCACCUCGUUAUCUCAGAUUCUCCAGCAUCCGCAGUUCCUACUAUUAUUGAUCAGAUACUCUGUCAGAGAAUGGAGACGAUGUUUUAUAACUGCUAUGAGGAGAAAAUACGUCCUUGCAUUGAUCUUAUUGACUCGCUGAGAAAGUUGGGAGUGGACAAGGACCUGAAUCUUCCAGCCAUUGUGGUCAUUGGAGACCAGAGUUCUGGGAAGAGCUCAGUAUUGGAGGCACUGUCUGGUGUGUCACUUCCCAGAGGGAGCGGUAUUGUUACCAGGUGUCCUCUUGAAAUGAAGCUGAAGAAAGCCAAAGAUGGCAAUGUGUGGAAGGGCAAGCUCACUUAUGGACAUUGUGAACUGGACCUGACAGAUCCAUCAGAGGUGGAGGAUGAAAUCCGAGCAGCCCAGAACGUCAUGGCAGGUGAAGGAUUGGGAAUCAGUCACGAAUUAAUCAGUCUGCAAAUUGAAUCCAGCAACGUUCCUGACCUGACGCUGAUAGAUCUACCAGGAAUUGCCAGAGUAGCUGUCGGGAAGCAACCAGCGGAUAUUGGUGAUCAAAUUAAGAGACUCAUUACAUCCUUUAUUAGGCGACAAGAAACGAUUAACCUCGUGGUUGUGCCAUGUAAUGUUGACAUAGCAACCACAGAAGCUCUGAAAAUGGCCCAGCAGGUGGACCCUUCUGGAGAGAGGACUCUGGGUAUUUUAACCAAACCUGACCUGGUUGAUAAGGGAACGGAAGGCAAUGUGGUCGAUAUUGUACAGAACCUUGUUGUGGAGCUGGAGAAGGGUUACAUGAUUGUCAAGUGCCGUGGACAACAAGAGAUCAACGACCAACUGACGUUGAAUGAAGCGAUAGAGAACGAGAGGAGGUUUUUUGAAGACCACAAGGACUACAGACCUCUUCUGGAUGAUAAGAAGGCCACAAUCCCAUGCCUGGCUGAUAGACUCACAGCAGAACUUGUGGCACACAUCAUACAAACAUUGCCUGAAUUAACAAAGGAAAUUGAAGAGAAACUGUCUGCAACAACCAAAGAAUUGGAAAUAUGUGGAGAGGGAGUUCCAGACACUGUCCAUGAUAAAAUGACUUUUUUGAUUAAGAAACUCAGUGAUUUUGGUCAAAACCUCAGGAGUUUGUCUUCAGGGGAGGAACCUGAUGAUUGCAUCAAGGAGGAGAGGUGCUAUGCAAAAGUACGGAAUGAGUUUGAAAACUGGAAAGAUCACCUUGACAGAGUGAAAUAUCAAUUCUAUGGCGUGAUGCGUAAUAAAGUGAUGGAAUAUGAGAAAGCCUACCGUGGCCGGGAGUUGCCUGGGUUCAUCAACUACAAAACAUUUGAGACGAUAGUGAAGCAACAGAUUGUUAAGCUGCAACUACCUGCCAUUCAGACGUUAAAGAAAAUUACCGAAAUUGUGCGGGAUGCUUUUUUGGACGUUGCUGCCUACAAUUUCAAGGGACUCCCUAAUCUCAUGAGAAGUGCCAAGAUAAGGACUGAAGACCUAAGGAAGCAACAAGAAAGCCAGGCAGAAAUACAGCUGCAAAUUCAAUUCAAGAUUGAAAAUGUGGUGUACUCUCAAGACAGUAUCUAUGGCCAGAAGCUCACAAAGGCAAAAUCUAUAUCCGAAGAAGGUUCAGACCAGGAUGUCAAAAGUUUGAAAUCAAAAAAGCUCGGUUUUACAAUUCAGUCAAUGCCUAAUGAUAAAGCAACGAUCCAUGAAAUGACAGCUCAUCUGAAAACAUACUACAAGAUUGCAACUGAGCGAUUGGCUAACCAGGUCCCCCUGAUAAUAGGCUAUUACAUCCUCCAAGAGUUUGCCACCAAGCUGCAUGUGGAGAUGCUUCAACUUAUACAGGAAAAGGAUCAAAUUGAUGAGUAUCUGCAUGAAGAGGUAGAUGUUGCUGACAAAAGGAAGAUGCUCAGAAAUCGACAGCAGCGACUGGCUCAAGCUCAUGAUCACCUGUCCAAGUUUUAUUGAAUUCUAGUCAAAAUUGAGGAACAUUUCAAAUUGAACCCUGUACAAUUGACCAAGCUCAUUCUGCUCUCUUGUUAAU